GAAAAAAAGAAAAAAAGUAGUGAGGAGUCCCUGAUACAAGAGUAUGAUGAUGUCUUCCUCCCUCCUGUGGCAGAAGUGUCUUCUCAAGCCAGUAAAGUGCAAGUGGAACAUCCUGGAGAAUUUACAGAAAUUCGUCUCAGUGAUGAAGCAGAGGAUGGAAAAAGUGUAAAUGCUGUGUGUGACAUUCCCCACAGUCAUUUAACUUCAGUAAAUGAAGGGACUUCGACAGUGGCUCUAGAGCCUUCCCCAGAUGCAGAAGAAUUCAAAACCUAUCCUUCCCAUGAGGAAUGUGGGGGGGAUGUUGAGAAGAGUGGAAAAAGCAAGUCGGACAAACCUCACAGCUCUGUGGAGGUGGUUGCUAGUGGAUCAGGAAAUCCUGAUUUAUUGAGUAGUACCUUUCAUUCCAGUGCUGCUGGCUCUCAGGCAGCAGUGAGCUUUGUACAGGACAAAGAAACAGAAAAUGCACAAGAUAUUAAAAAUCCUCUUGUCUGUUCUUCAGAGAAGCUUCCUCUUAGUAUCUCACAGCUCUCUGAAAAAUCCAAAAUGCGUAUUCAGCGUCCAGGAUUGAAAUCAAUUUAUCCAGACUUGUCUGUUGAAUUAUCCUAUGAGAGACCAACCGUAAUAGCAGUUAAACCUCUGUUGCACAAUGAAAGGCUGUAUCCAGAGCUCCCGACUGAGCCAGAACUGGUGCCAUUUACCAGAGAACAACUGAAAAUUUUUGAGCCAUGUUCAUGGUUGGAGAACGUUGACUCGUACGUGGAGGAAUUUGAAAGUGUUGCUCAUCAGGAGAGGCAUGAAUUUUAUGAACUCCUCCUGAACUACAUGCGCUGCAGGAAGCAGGUGUUGCUGGCUGAGGCAGAGCUGCAGACUAUGACCACAGACUGCCAAAAUGUGAAGGGGAGAUUAUGGACUUUUAAAGAAGAACAGAAAACUGUGCAGGGUGUCUGUGCGGAUCAGUGCAAAGUGACAGGUCACCAUCGCUACCAGACAGUGAAGCUGAAUGAAAGCGUGCUGGGAGAGCUGAAAAAGCUGUUGGAAGCCAAAGCAGAGCACGUGCAUCAGACACUGGCACUGCACUUGUACACUUCGGUGUUGUCCCGCUUGCAAGUGGAGUCAUACGUCUACAGGUUGCUCAGCAGCUCGUCCCUGCUGAGAUCGGUGGCUCUUCAGCAGCAAGAACAAGUUUCAAAGCAGUCAGAAAAUCUUUCUUCAGACUUGGGCCACUUGAAGGAAUGUAUCAGCGUCCUUUUCAGCUUCACACGCAGAGUUAUUGAAGAUCCUCAGUUUCAGAGUGACCUUCUCAUGUGGCUGCAGAGACUGGUGGCAGUGUUGCAAAGAAUUGGCUGUCCAGGUGACCAUCUGUUCCUCUUCAACCACAUCCUUCGGUGUCCGGCUGGGAUCAGCGAAUGGGCUGUUCCGUUCAUUCAGAUCAAAGUCUUGGAUAACCCCUCAGGUGUCUUUCAUUUCAUGCAGUGUCUUGCCUUGCUUAUGUCUCCUGUCAAAAAUCGGGGGGACUUCAUGUGCCAUAUGAAACCGAGUGAAAGGAAAAGUUCCUCUUCAUCUGGGAAAGAAUCUGGAAACUGGACCCUGGUAGAUGAAGGAGGAGAAGAGGAUGAGGAUCCUGAGACAACCUGGAUUCUGCUUUCGGAAGAAGACUUGAUUUCUCUGUUGUCACAGUUUCCAUUUUAUGAACUCUUUCAGCAGUUCCUUGGAUUUAAGUCUGGAGGUGCUUAUUUUCCUGAAAAAACAACUCCUCAGGAGAUGAUGAAGAUUUUUGCUUUUGCAAACUCAUUAGUGGAACUUCUCUCUGUGGGGUUAGAAACAUUUAACAGAGCACGGUACCGACAGUUUGUCAAGCGAAUUGGUCAGCUGAUCAAGAUGACACUUUGUCAUGUGAGUGACCACUGGGCCCAGUACAUCAGCAGCAAUAAACAAUAUGGAUCCGUAGCGCAUCCCUACUCUCUGGAAAAAUUGCAACUGGAGUUCGAUGAGCUGUUUUUCAGAGCUGUUCUACAUGUUCUGAAGGCAAAAAGGUUGGGAGUCUGGUUGUUCAUGUCCGAGAUGCCUUAUGGAACGUUAUCCAGCAACAUGCUUUGGAGGCUCUUCUUUGUCAUGCACUGUGCGGAGAGCGAGCACCUGGAAAAGCUCUGCUCUGCUCUGCAACCUGCUGACUGCAAACAAAGACUCAAAGACCCAGAGCACUUUGAAAAUUUUGAAAAGUAUCUCAAAUCAAUGAACUGCUUGGAAGAAAUUUGUCUCCUCACCACAUUUGCUCAGAUGGCACAAACCAAACGGGCCGAUGUCGAUGAAGAUUUUAUCAAAAUCAUUGUUCUGGAGAUAUAUGAGGUGUCUUAUGUUAGUCUUGCCACAAGAGAGACAUUUUCAAAAGUUGGUCGAGAACUCUUGGGAGCAAUUGCCAGCAUCCAUACACAGAUUAUUUCUGUACUGCUGGAUCGAAUUAGAGAGACCAUUGAGAAAGUUGGGAUGGUUUCUUUAUAUCUGUUUAAAGAACUGCCGUUGUACCUGUGGAAGCCUUCUUCGUCUGAGAUAGCACUGAUUCGUGACUGGUUAUUAAAUUACAGUCUAACGACAGUGGAGAAUAAACUAGCCUGCAUUAUCUUGGAAGGGCUAAACUGGGGAUUUGGUGAGCAUCAGGAUGCUCUUCAUCUGGAUCCAGCUGUCCAUUCUGAAGUUGCGUUGAUGGUCCUGGAAGCAUAUCAGAAAUAUCUCUCCCAGAAACCAUAUGCUGGUCUGCUUUCUGAAAGCAUAAAACAGGUCUCCUACUUAGCCAGCAUUGUUCGUUACGGAGAAACGCCAGAGACUUCCUUUAAUCAGUGGGCAUGGGGUUUGAUUUUGAGGUUAAAGCUUCACAGAAAUGACCGUGGCAUGCAGCACGGCUGGCCUGCAGUCCCAGUGUCUGACAGUGUGCUCGACAUGACGGAGUCAGUCACGCUUCACCCCCUCCUGAAGGCUGUUAAAGCAAACGUCCCCAUCGGCUGUUACCUGGCACUGGCAAUGACCACACUAGGUCACAGCAUUGAGAAGUUCUGUGCUGAAGGGAUCCCUCUUUUGGGUGUACUCGUCCAGUCUAGGUAUCUGAGAACAGUAGUCCACGUGCUGGAUAAAAUUUUACCCUUAUUUUACUCUUGCCAGUAUUAUCUCCUGAAGAAUGAACAGUUUUUAGCUUAUGUUCAACUGUUCCUUCAUCUGGAUAGCGGAGUCCCUCAAGGCGUGACCCAGCAGGUUACACAUAAAGUAACACAGCAUUUGACAGGAGUGAACUAUGGAGAAAAUGUUAAGCUGCUCAGUAGUAUGAUACAGACUCACAUUUUUCUAAGUGACCGGCCAAACGGAGUGGGACCGGCUGCGGUACUGGAGUUCUGGGCUCAGGUCCUCACCAGCCAGCAGCUGUGGCACAGGGACCAGGCGACUCUCUUCUUGCUGGAUGACUUGUGUAGAGCUGCGUUUCAGUACAGUCAAGAGGACUGCGUACAAAAGCUGCUUUACCAACAGCACAAGAAUGCUUUGGGCUAUCAUUGUGACAAGGGUCUGCUGUCUUCGCUUGUUAGCUGGAUUGUGGCAGGCAAUGCGACACCUUCCUUUGUGGAGGGCAAUGCCAGUUCCUCUCAGGUCUGGUUUUCCUGGGUGGUGUUAAAUAUGGAGUCAAUAUUUGAAGAAGAUUCGCAGCUUCGAAGAGUUGUGGAAAGGGAGUUGGUUCUUAAUGCUUUAACUCCUGAUCAAGCUUUGAAGAAAGCACAGACCCAGCUGAAGCUGCCCAUCGUACCUUCCCUUCAGAGGCUCAUGAUUUACCGCUGGGCUCAUCAGGCCCUUGCUACUCCCGCUGGUCACCCUCUCAUGCCACUGAUCUGGCAGAAAUUCUUCCUCCUGUACCUUCACCGACCAGGACCACAAUAUGG